AUGAAUAAAACUUUAAAUAUUUUUAAUUUUUUAAAAAAAAUUAAAUACAAUAAAUUUUUUAUACAAAAUAGAGUUAAUAAUCUUUAUAUUUCAAAAACCACUCUUUUAAAUUACAAUAGCAAAAUAAAUAUAUCAAAAAAUAACAUAGAUAAUAUACUCAGCUUAAGAUACUAUUCCUCAUAUAAUCAAAGAGGUUUAAAAAAGAAUGUUUAUAAAGAUAACAAUAAAAAAUCAAUCGGUAUAGAUUUUGACAGUGUUACUAGUUUAAUUUCUUCCAAUGUUGAUAAAAUAAUAAAAGGCAAAAUACUUCCAAAGGAUGUUUCCAUUGCAGUAAACAAAAUAAUAAAAUGCAAUGAAUGUGAUAUUAAUGUUAGAGACAGAAUGUUAUCUUGCCAGUUUCUUUUUUUUUCACAAUCAUUACUUAAUAAUAAUAAUCCAAGAGGUCUAGAUAAAGAUAUUUUAAAUAAGGUUUGGAAAUUAAUAGAUAUUAAGGAUAAAGAUUUUUAUGACGAUUGGGAUAAUAUUGGCUAUUAUUAUUGUCAAGUUCUAUCAAUAAAACUUUUUAUUCCAUUGGUUACUGGUGAAUACUUUAAUACAACAUAUAAUUCCAUAGAUAGUUCAAUGGAUGCACUUAUAAGUUGUGUAAAGCAUAAAGAAUUCGAACCAAACGGGUUUUCAGAUUUUACAAGAUAUUCAUUUGAUAUUUCAUUGGCUUUGGACUCUGAAUCAAUUUAUAAAAUUAUAACAAAGCAAAUCUCUCACUCUAUAUUGAAUGACCCUUUUUAUGAAAUAGAUCAAAAAGAAUAUUCUCCAAUCAAUGAAAAGUUUUUUUUCAUAUUCAAAAAGUAUCAAUUUAAGCAAUUUGGACUAAAGCACACAAAUUUCGAAAACAUUAACACAGAAAAAGAAGAGUUUGAUAUUAAAAAAGACAACUAUAUAUUAACGAGUAAGGCUUUAGAAACUAUCCAACAGGUUAAUGAAAAUGGUUUUAGAACUUAUGGAAAUGACGGUACUCAGAUGAUAUUUUUAGGAAGAGCAGUUAAAUUAAUUCUUCCAGAUGGAAUGGUAUAUGGUGGAAUAGUUAGUUUAGAUUUCAAGAAGAUUCAUCUUUAUGGAAUUUCAGUUUCAUUAAAAGGAGAAAUAAUAGAAGGACAAUUUAAUCUUAAUGUUCAAAUCAGUGAUGACAAUAAAACGAUUGGUCUUGAAGGAGUCCAUAGAUCAGUUUAUAUAUCAAAUAAUAACCAAAAAAUAUUGGUAGAUAAUAAUUUCUUUGCUAAAAUGGAAAUAAAAAAAUAA